AAAGAAGUACAGCGCGAAACCAACUAUGGCACUUGACAAGACCCUUCUUGGAGCCCAGAAGGGUUUACUCACAAAGCCAGUCUUUGGCCAGCUCCUGACCAUCAAGUUGAAACAUCAAGAUGACACAAUGCACACGGCCAUCACCGGUCUGAUCCGUGACCUGGACAAUACCAUCAACUCCAAGCAUCAAGAUUGCGGCCUUGUGGCAGCCUUCUCCCCUGCGCUCUGGGGUAAGUGGACAGGGCGAGAUAUUCCCAUCCGCACCAAAGUCCUGGACGGCAAGCACAGCGACACUCGCAAGUUUCGCAACACGGGAGGCGACAUCCUGCUCUAUGUUAAAGCCCCAAGCCACGAGAAGGCUCAAGAGAUUGUCUCGGCUUUGCUCCCUGAUCUCGAACCACUCGUGGGCCCGGGCCAAGUUGACAUCACCAUCGGCGGCAAGCGUUCAGAUAGCCGUGUCAUUGGAGGCCGCUACGUCGAUGGCAUCACCAACCCAAACGACCCAGUCACCCUCGUCGAAGACAUCCUCAUCCGUGACGGGCCCUAUCCCGGCUCCUGCUUCGGCCUCAGCCAAAAGUUCGAGUUCGACUGGCCAGCCAUUGCCACCCAGACGGCAGACGCACAAGAUGAGAUGAUCGGCCGCAACGUGGACGGCGCUGUCCUAUCCCAGCACGGCCUCCGCGGGCAUGUCCACCGCGCAGGCAACGUGAGAGACGCCAACGGCGACCAGAAGAAAAUCCUGCGACAGGCCAUGCCCUAUGGGACAGCCGGCGGGUACUCUGCGCGUGAGGAGGGGAUCAUGUUUGUGGCCUUUUGCAAUGAGCAGGAACGGUUCGAGGCGCUGCUGAAGCACCUUGUUGGAAAGCAGGCAGGACACGCCGCGGACCUUUUGCUGGCGACUGUGCAGGGCAUUGGUGGCAGUUACUGGUACGUGCCAGCGGCGGCUGAGCUGGGCGUUGCCGGCGUCUCUGGGCCCGAUGAUAUCUACGAGGAGGAUCAUUGGAAUGUCAGGAGUAAGAACGGCUAUUUAUUCUACAACUCGCAGGACUAUCUUCACCAGAUGGGCCAACACCAUUACGUUGGUGGCGACCCGCCUAGUGAUCGCGUCCUUGGGCUCAUGGCGAGAGCCUUCAAUCACUGGCGCGACGGAUGGCUUCAUCGCCAAAACUUUCCUCGUCUACCGCAUCUGAGUAUCCUUCUCGAUCCAAAGGACAAGGAGAUUCUUCGAGGUCACGAGAAGGAUGUGGCACUGCUCAAGGCCCUCGCCAACUCCCACACCCUGGCUGGCCUCCUCUCUUCACCAGACUCGACAAUUGCGAAAGAGAACAACCUCUUGCGCAUCGAGGCCAGAGAGCUCAUUGUUGGGCAAAUUCCCGACUUCACCCUCGGUCGGGGAAAGGAGGUCGUUCCUUACUUGGACCAGGAUGAGGAACUCGCACACUGGCUCAAGAAUGGGCUCAACGAACACGCUUCUAUGGGACACAUUGUGCCCGACUAUGAUCUCGUGGUUAAGAAGGGUGUGCAGGGCUUGAUCGACGACCUCCAGAGCCGUCGCGAGGCCAAGGGAGGUGAUGCAAAUCAGUCCACUUUUUACAAGGCGUCCAUCAUCUCACUGCACGCCGUCCAAUCUUACCUGGAGAAUUGGGCUUUGAACUGCGACAAGGUGACCCAAUUACCUGGCCAAGCACCCGAAGACGUGCAGAAUAUGAAAGACAACGCAGCGCGCCUACGACGUCUGGUGAACCAACCACCCGAGACCUUCCAAGACGCGGUGCAGCUCAUUUUCUCGUUCCACUGCUGCUUGCAUCUCGUGGGAGAGCUCACCUCGUUCUGCCGCCUCGACCAGAUCCUCUGGCCCUUUUGGCAGCGUGAGAAGGAAAGCCUAUCAACAGAGAAAGCGCAGGACAUCAUUGAUUGCCUCUUCAUCAAGAUUGGCGAGAACGCUUUUAUCGACCGCGCCUUCAUCUACGAUUAUUGUAAUAUAGGCACAUGUGCAGUGUGUGGGAUCGGAGGUAACUUUCCUCAGGGCGGAGGAAUCAACCAAUGGGUGCAGCAGAUUACAGUGGGUGGUUACAAAUUCACAGACGAUGAAAAGCCCGAGGGCGGCGCGAACCCAGUCACCAUGUUGUUUCUGAAGGCUGCACGACGGAUUCCCGUCAAUGCGCCCACGGUGUCGCUACGAACGUACAAGGACAUCCCUCAGGAAUUUCUGGACGAGGCAGCCAAGUGUCUUCUUUCUGGCGGCGCUCAGCCGAUGCUCUAUAACGACGACAAACUCUGCCAGGGCCUGUUGGACUCCGGAAGCACCGUCACGCGUGCGUGGUCCAGAAACUAUGCCGCAGAUGGCUGCUACGAGCCCAUGUUUGCUGGGGCCAACGACUUCACCUUUGCGAGUGUCGCUCUCAUGCAGGCACUGGAGCAGACUCUGAACCAGGGGGCUACGUAUGGCGCCGCGGGACCAAUCUACCUGCGAGGACUGAAGCAGACAUUUCGCUCUCCACCCGCCAAGGAGAUGAAGACCUUUGAGCAGCUACAGGAGGUCUUUGUAAAGCAGCUGGAGUGGCUUGUCAUCCAGUGUUACAACGUCAUGCUCAGCAACUAUGGGAACCUUGUCAGCGUCUGCCCUAGUCCUCUCCUGUCGGUCGUCAUCGACGGGUGCUCGGAAAAGGGGCGAGACCUGACGGAUGGAGGUGGCCGUUUUCACCUCAUUGCGCCCAUGUGCAUGGGUGUCUCCAACACAAUCGAUUCUCUGUACGCCAUCAAGAAACUGGUAUAUGACCCCGAGACUGCGAUCACCACCCUGCAGGAAUUGGUGCGCUGUCUGAUGAACGACUGGGGGUUCAACAUGGUUGAACCCUUCCAAGAUCAGCUGUUGGGACCUGCUGACGCAGCCGAGCAUGGUCUACGAUUCCAACAGCUCCGAGAUACCGCUCUUGCUCUCCCCAAAUGGGGUGGAGGCGACGAGGAAGUCAACGCCCUGGGCGAAUGGCUCAUGGACCAACUUGUCAGGCUAUGCACAAGCGUCAUAGAUAAGGACAACCCCUCGCCGGCGCUCAAGCCGCAGCUGGAUGCCAUCAAGGAACGCUACAAGGAUGAUGAGGGCGGCUUCGAAUUUGUGGUGACGCCUGGUAUCGGCACCUUCGAGGGCUAUGUCGGUGAUGGAGCAGCGUGCGGCGCCUCGGCUGAUGGACGGCGGAACGGCAGCCCUCUCGCCUCAGACAUGUCGCCGGCACCUGCGCCGCAGGACCUGAACCCUCCGAACCCGCGCUUCCGCAAUAUCUACCAGGCUAUGAAGAGCGUCAAGGGGCAUGCAGCCGAGUAUGGACUCUCCAAUGCGACUCCGGUCGAUAUGAACAUCCAGGAAUCUUUCCCGCUGGACGAGCUCCAACAAUUCGUCAAGGCCUUUGCCGCAGGUGAUGUUGGCGGGAAUUUGAUCUCACUCACAUGUGCCGAUCUCUCUACUUAUGCAGCUGCUUCGAGGGACCCUGAGAAGUACAACUUGAUUCGUGUGAGAAUGGGAGGCUGGACCGAGUUCUACGCCACCAUGUUUCCCGAGCAUCAGAAACAGCAGCAGAGAAGGCAGUACUUUACGCAUUAAGUGAUGAUGGGUAGAUCAAGGGGAUCGUGGAAUUGGAAGUACAACUAUUUGAGUAGUUUCCCUCUCUCUCUCUCUUUUUUACAUGGCACACCAUCAGAUGGUGAUUUGUUCACGAUUUCUCAUGUGGUUGUGGUUGUUGCGAGACACGCAGGAAUAAUUGAGGAAUGCAGGCAGGCAUGACUUCGUGGGGCACAGGCUUAUCUAAUACAUCCGUUAAGUCCUGUAAGAGCGCGGUUUGGUGGCGGAUUUCGGAGAGUCUGAAAUCCGGGCAUUUGUGCACAGCAAAUGUCGUAUUUAGGUGCCUCCAAUUCCGGCCACGAAGUAGUGCCAUUGAAUCACUACUAAGCCCUGCAGUCAUCCUGAUCAAUACUCAAUGUCCGUCAUAGAUAUCAACACAUCAUAAUUCUUAUCAGCUAAAGUCUUAUAUGGACAACAACAGACAGGCAGGGCAGCCAGCCCCAUAUGGUCAAGCG